GAGAAGUGUCUGGAGAACAAUACCCCAUCGGCUCUUCCGUCGAAAAGCUUCCAGCACAUCUCCAAAUAUCUCUGCAAAAAAUAUAAGAGAAGAAUUGAAAAACUGAGAAACUCUUGAUUAUAUAUUCCUGGAAAUCCGAUAAUUCCGAGCGAAGGUCGAUCGGAGAGAAGGGAAAAGCGAUAGGGUUUGAUCGUGGUUGCCGGAAGAAUAGAUACUUCGGCGAAUGUCUUUUGAGAACACUGAGAGGAACAAUAGUCUGAUGGCCAUUGCGCACGCUCCUAACUCGCCUUCUAUGCACAUCGAUUUUACAAGAAAGAGGAGAGUUAGAGGCAGAAGGGAUGUGUCCAAAGAUGUAGCAGAAACACUUGCGAAGUGGAAAGAGUAUAAUGAGAAACUUGACUCUAUGGAGAAGCUUGCCCGUAAAGUCCCUGCAAAGGGAUCAAAGAAGGGUUGUAUGAAGGGCAAAGGUGGUCCAGAAAACUCGCACUGCAAGUACAGAGGUGUUCGGCAGCGAACUUGGGGAAAAUGGGUGGCUGAGAUUCGAACACCCCACAAGGGUAGCAGGCUUUGGUUGGGCACGUUUGGCACCGCUGUCGAAGCUGCCCUAGCUUAUGAUGAAGCCGCAAGGGCAAUGUAUGGCCCGUGUGCACGUGUUAAUCUUCCAGACUAUGCCUCAUCAAAAGAUUCAUCUUACACCUUAUCAAGGGACUCUUAUGCAGAAUCUUGUUCUCCACCUGCCACCUCUACAUCCAAUUCCACCACAACUACUAGCCUAUCCGAUACUAAAACACAAUCUUUGAAUGAGUAUCACAAGAUAAAUUAUGAAGAUUGGAAGGAUGAUAAACCACAGUUUAUGGAUGUGGAGCAAGCGGUAAAAUGCCAAGAUGGGAGGGGCGAAUCAGGGAUCGAACAACUCAGGGCUAAAGAAGUAUCUGCUAGUGUUAAUCAAGGGAAGGAUUUUCUCGAUAACUUCAUGUGGGAUGAAAUGUUCAACGUGGAAGAUCUGUUAGGUGUUCUAGACGCUACUCCCUUGAUAAAUGCCAAUCAGCCUCCAGGUUUAUCGCUGAAGCCGGAGGAUGGGCAACUAGGGUAUCUCCAGCAGCAGUUUCCCACAGGAGGUGAAAACAGUCUGGACUUUUUGAAAGCAGGGAGGCAAGAGGAUCUCAACUUCACCGUCGACAACUUCAGCUUAUUCGACCUAGAUUCCGAGUUGGGCAUUUGAAGGUUGAGAUCAAUAGAUAGAAACUAGAUUUAGCUCUGAAGUGUUUCAAGUGUGUCCAAGUCAACUGGACUUUGGCUAAUAAGAUAUGGAAGAUACUUAAAGAUGUUUUUCUUCAACUAACAAUGCCUGAGCUGCUGGUUCUCUUG